AAAAAAAAAAUUGGCGUUGUACGCGCCAUGUUGAGCAGGCAGUUUGCGUCAGGUUCUAUUUUAGAACCUAACUUUUUUCCCGAACCGCAACAAGUAUGCCCGCUUGAAAAUUGCUGCCAUGAAUGCCUGCUUUUGGCGCCGUUCACUUCGUGCUGUGACUGUUCGAUGGGCAUGAAACCAGCGCCAUUCGACAGCUGAUGUAACAGGCUUUCUGUUGAACCCACCCAGUAUGUGUGUUGCUCGAUAAUUGCGAGCAAAAGUUGCAAAAGAGUGUGUGUUUUUCUAUCAACUUCGCGGGAGAGAGCAUUUUGACAGUUUUUUUUUUUCGAGAGAGAGAACGGGAAGUGCCC